AUCAGGACUGCUCGGCACACCAAGGAGCAAGAGGGAUUUCGGAACAAAAAGAGUAACUGAGACAAGGAAUUCAUAUGACCAAUUAUGGACCUGUUUCAUACAAGGGAAAACUAUGAAGUUUAUCAGGGAAAACAAUGGAGCUAUUUAAACAUUUGGCUAAUUUUAUGCUUGUUUCCAAGAACCUGUGUAUCAAGUCCUUCAAAACCAAAUUUCUUGUUGAUACUGGCUGAUGAUCUUGGUAUUGGAGAUGUGGGUUGCUACGGUAAUGAUACAAUAAGGACUCCUAACAUUGAUGGCUUGGCAAAGGAAGGAGUGAGACUUAAUCAGCACAUUGCUGCAGCUGCUGUCUGUACUCCAAGCAGAGCUGCUUUCCUGACUGGCAGAUACCCCAUCAGAUCAGGCAUGGCCUCCAGCACUCAACAGCAGGUCCUCUUUUGGAACGGGUGUUCUGGGGGGCUUCCACCAAAUGAAACUACUUUUGCCAGAAUACUGCAGCAGCAAGGUUAUUCUACAGCACUUGUAGGGAAGUGGCAUAUGGGUGUGAACUGCAAAACCCGCCGUGAUCACUGCCACCAUCCUUUAAAUCAUGGCUUUGACUAUUUUUAUGGCAUGCCUUUUACCCUUUUGAAUGAGUGUCAAGGCACAGACGACCCUGAACUGGCCAAGUCUUUGCAAGAUACGUAUUGGCUCUACACACAGAUGAUCACCCUUGCAGUAUUUACUCUUGUGAUUGGAAAACUUGCCAAUCUUUUCCCAGUAAAAUGGAAAAUAAUCAUCUGUCUGGCCAUCUGUGGUCUCCUUUACUUCCUCUCCUGGUUCUCCAGCUAUGGUUUCACCAAGUACUGGAACUGUAUCCUGAUGAGAAACCAUGAUAUCACUGAACAACCUAUGAACCUAAACAGAACUGCUUCUAACAUGCUGAAAGAGGCAGUUACAUUCAUUAAAAGAAACAAGCAUAGACCAUUUCUUCUCUUCGUUUCCCUUUUACAUGUUCACACCCCUCUCACUACCACAGAGAAGUUUCAAGGAAGAAGCAGGCAUGGCCUAUAUGGAGAUAACGUAGAGGAGAUGGAUUGGAUGGUGGGAAGGCUUCUGAAUGUUAUUGACAAAGAAAGCUUGAAGAAUACCACAUUCAUUUAUUUUGCAUCUGAUCAUGGAGGAUCCUUAGAGGCUCACAGAGGAAAUUCUCAGUUGGGUGGAUGGAACGGGAUCUAUAAAGGUGGAAAAGGAAUGGGAGGAUGGGAAGGAGGAAUCCGUGUUCCAGGAAUAUUUAAGUGGUCGGGAGUGUUACCUGCAGGGACAGUUAUUGAUGAACCUACAAGCCUUAUGGACAUUUUUCCUACAGUAGUUCAUUUAGCUGGAGGGGCAGUGCCUCAGGACAGGGUAAUCGAUGGGCGCACUUUGCUGCCUCUGCUGCGUGGGACAAUUCGACACUCCGGGCACGAGUUCAUGUUUCACUACUGCGGUGUGUUUCUGCACGCAGUGCGGUGGCACCAGAAGGACAGUGGCACCGUGUGGAAAGCUCAUUAUGCUACUCCAGUAUUCCAACCAGAAGCCUCUGGAGCCUGUUUCAGAAGAGGAAUUUGCCCAUGUUUUGGUGAUGGUGUAACCCAUCAUGACCCUCCACUGCUGUUCAAUCUCUCACAAGAUCCGUCUGAGGCAAAUCCUCUGUCAGCUGACACUGAGCCCUUGUUUGACACUGUGAUGAGGAGAAUAAGAAAAGCUGUGGAAGAGCAUCGCAAGACGCUGACUCCAGUCCCACAACAGCUGUCCCCUUACAAUAAUAUAUGGAAGCCAUGGCUGCAGCCAUGCUGUGGGACAUUCCCAUUCUGUUGGUGUCAUGAAGAAAAUAACAAAGCAGAUAGCAUAGUUUAAUACCAAAAUCAAAGUUAGUUUCUCUAAAGAAGUUGACAGUUUUCACAUUUACAUGACAUUUAAUGUCAUUCACAGAGAAAUUAGAGAUAUGGGUUAAAUUACACUGGAAUAACUUAAAGAGAUAUUAUUGGGUUUUUUUCUUCAACCUUUUUCCAUACCCACAGAAAUUUAGUAAACCUGUAGUUUAAAAAUUAGGGGUCACCUGUAUAAUCUACCCCUCAAGUGCAUAAUUCUGGAUUAAAUACCCCCCAAAAAAUUUAUUUUCUUAGUGAUUUUCAAUUCAAGCAAAUCAUGACUGAUAAGAAAGUAAACUUUUCACUGCAGAUGUUUGUACAGGAAAUACGCUUAUUAAGACAACAGUACUCAGCCCAAAAGGGUAUCCCUAUUCAGGGCUUAUCUUUUAAUGAAAAAAAACCUGUUGCACAAAAAUGAAAUUAUGAUGACAAUGAAAUAAAUAAAUAAAUAAUGAAAACCCCCCACAUUUUAUUUGGAAACAUGCCAAAAUUUGUUUGCCUCUCCGAAAUAAACACCUAAUAAUUUACAGCAA